AUGACUGAGGAGACUCUGAUCGCCUCAGCGAGACUCCACAACCAGUUUCCUCCCGAUACGUCGUUUCCUCAGAUAGACGUACUAUCCGAAGGAUUCGAAGAACUCUGUGCAAUCAUUGCAAAAUACAACGCCCAGAGCCGUUUCCGACUGCGGCUGCUCCAUCGCCACACCACCAUUCCUGAAGGGCAAAUAUUGCUAGGUACUAGCAUUACGGAACCGCCCGGCUUCUGGACCAGGCCUACACCCAUUUCCGACGUCGAUUUGCAGAAUAUCCAUCCCCACAUUAUCUCGGUAGAUGACGAAGCGAGAAAUGGCCGUCUAUUCCCCUCCGAAUUUCGCGAGGGUCCGCCAGCCAGUGAUUGGAGCAUCGAAAGCGGAUUUUUUACGGAGUUCACCGACUACCUUCGGGUGAAGGGCUGGGAAAAUAUUUUUGGGCUUGAGAUAAUGCAAGGUCAGACUGGGAAGAUGAUCGAGUUUUCUUUCGAUAUAGGGAGUCUUCUGCUUGAAGAGGCGGAGGUCAGUGGGCAGUUCGAGUCUCAGGAAACUGCAUGGACUAUCAGGGUCAGAGACGGUGCUGUCGACAAAGAUGGUGAAACACGGUGUGUUAUUAUACAAGGCCAACACCUCAGAGCCACGAAAAUGCUUGUGAAGAGCGUGUCGGAUGUUUUGAAGGUAUUGAGAGAUGAAGGUGUAUUACUGUAG